GAGCGUGACGUCAGUGCGGGGAUUCCCUCCCCUCAGGAUUGAGUCACACAGUGGUGGGAAGUUACAGGAUCAGUAGUAGCUCCGUCACUCGCAGAGCAGUCACACACCGGCUCGGUAGCCACAGAUUUGCACCUAACAGAGAGUCAUGCAGGAGGAGGUGAAGUUGGGGGCAUCUUACAUUGUAAGGCUGCUGAACCGACACCAGAAGCUGGACAGUGAGCAAGUGGAAAGGUUCACCGAGACUCUCACCAAUUUGCUUUGUGACAAGUUUGAAGGACACUGGUACCCAGACACCCCACAGAAGGGCCAGGCAUACAGAUGCAUCCGGAUAGAACAGAGCCACCCUGUGGAUGAUACGGUAUUACAGGCCUGUAUACAGAGUGGCCUACGAUGCUCUCAGCUUGCUCUGCCGAGAGACAUGUCCCUCUGGAUCGACCCCAAAGAGGUCAGCUGCCGGCUGGGGGAGAGCUGCCGCCCAUUUAUCGUGAAAGCCCCAGAAGACCAGAAGAUCCCUAAAUCCCAGUCCCCGGACAAACUGGACCUGGAGACGUCGGACUAUCAUUCAGACACAUCAGUCACUCCAUCGGAGAGCUCCAGCGAGGAUGAGGAACAAGGAGGCAAAAAAAAGACUACGAGCGCUUCCCAAGUAGUCCCUAAAAAGAUGGGCACCCAAUUCUAUUACAGCCCCACUCCAGCAUCCCCCGUUUACUACCAGUACCCCAGGAAUACACUGAGCCUCAUCCCUGCCUUUCAGCCCGUCACCUUGUAUUAUUACAUCCCGAAACCCCCAAAGGUUUAUCCCAGCGGGAAGUCCAAAGGAUACCAACAAAAAUGGAAACCCACCAGGACUCCCCUGCAAAGCACCGCCUGAAAUCUGAGUGAGCAGCAGUUUCACACGGAGACCACUGGGUGGUGCCCUUUUCAAGUUGAAAGUCCAUCAAGAGCAGCUCUUGGUUUGCAGAUCCAAGACUUGCUUCCUUGGAAUUCUCAGUAAGAAACUGUUGCAUAUGAGCCAGACUUUCUUUCUUGGUCUACUACGGUGUGCAAACUUAAUGUGGGUGCAACAUUCCAAGAUCCAAUUAGGGGGCACACCUUUACCAGUGCUGGCCUGGUGCCCAGUCAUUCUCUAUCAUAUUCUCUUACAGGUCUAAACUGAAUGUUAAUGGGAUGCCAAUGGUUAUUUGCUUUAUAAAUGGGCAUGUGUGCCAACCUCCAGGAUAAGCUUAUGGCAAUGCCCUGUGACAUCAUGAAAAAUGACAGUUUAUCUGCCCACAUGUUAUCCAGCCAAACAGGCACAGUGGGCAAGUAGACAAGUGGUAAUCCCUGUUUUUUUUUUUUUUUUUGAACCCCUGUGUAUUUGUCUGGUCCUGGGUCAAGAAGGGAGGAAGGGGUGUUAAUCCUGCAGUGCUGCAGCUCUAGUUGAACUACAAUCAUAUUCUAGUUAGCUGAGAAUGCUGGGAGUUUUUGCCCUGAUGCCUCUAUCAUUCCGAGAGAUUAGUAGCUGCCCAACAGACUCCCAGUAGCAGCUACUAAUCCCCUGCUAACAUCUCCAUUAUCACUUUCAUUCCUUCUGUAGUUAAUUUGCUGCUACUGAUAACGAACCUGAACCUCUGGCUUCUCUCCUUAACUCUGUGUUAUUUAUACUGUAUAUUAACUGCCCUUCUCUCUUUAUUUAUAGCCUUUUAUUUAAUUAACCCUUGGCAUCAGAAUGUUGGCAUAUUUAGUCCAGUAGCAAUUCUCAGCCUACAGGGGAUGCUGGGAAAUGUAGUGCAGCAACCAUGGGUCACUCCUGUUUCUAAGUAUGUUAGUGUAAUAUAUAGAUCUAUAAAUCAUCUCUAAAUUCCCCAGAACCUUCACUGACCUCAUUGCUCUAAAGUAAUUGGUUAUUAUUCUGCUUAUAAUUAGCACCAAGUGAACUUUCCUGUUUGUUGGGUGACAGUUUCUUAUAUCCCGAUUCUCUUGCCACAUUUAGUUCCGCCGCUCGCUCCCGGGGAAUUCUGGGCAACAACGCCCCAUGUUUAAUGUUAAUUAUAAGCAGAAUUCACCUUCUCUGCGUUUUUUAAUUGGCUCCAUGGGGGGCGUGGCUUAUUGCGUAGCACAUUCUUCUGUACAUAAUAAUAAUAUAUUGCUUCUGAUUGGCUGACUCUCAAAGGCACUGGCUUGAUGGAGGUGUCUAUGGAGAACCCCUUAGUGGAGGGAAGCAACAUGGCAGCUUCUGUAGCUUUAUGAUGGAAAUGUGAAUGUAAAGUCCAAGGAGGGUAAACUCUACUUACAAAUAUAACGUUUAAAUUAUAUGAUUAUGUUUCCUAUGCAAUGUUUGCAGGGCUUAGCAUUAAUACUCUGUUGGGUUAGUAUUAAUACUCUCCUUGUGCCAAUGUUCUCACACAUUCCCCGAUGGUUUGUUGUACAUUGUUAUAUUGUUACU